AUGGAAAGGGAUAUCUUCCCUCGGCUCCUGGACGAUGUCUUCAGCGAGCUAGACGACGCCUUCAACCAGUUCUAUCAGAUCGAGCGACUCUGUUCUCCUCCUACAAGAAAAAGGUCUUGGAAGAAAAGCCUUAUGGGCCAAGUCAGCGAUGACGGUUCGAAGUUGGCGAUCUCAUUGGAUGUCUCGAAGUUCAAGCCAGAUGAGCUGAAAGUAAAUCUCGAUGGUCGAACCCUGACUGUUGAAGGCAAACAAGAAGUGAAGGAAGGCUCGAGUUAUACAUCAAGGUCAUUCCUUCGCCAGUGGACUGUUCCAGAAGGUGUCGACGUCGAGCAGAUUCGAUCCACUCUGACUGAAGAUGGUCAUCUAGCCAUCGAAGUGCCGAAACCUAAACCGGCUAUCACCUCCAGGAGCAUUCCAAUUCAGAAAGCAAUUGAUCGUAGUGGAUAG